AGUACCAUAGAGCGCUUCCUGCCCGGCGCAGAGCGGCGGCCGGAAAGGGCCGCUCAUUGUUGGCGCUGGAGGACCCGCGAGGAGGCCGCGAGUGGUGCCCGGUGCCCCGCGGCGGUGAAGAUGCCGGACCGGGACGGUUACACCACCGGCGGCAGCGGGGAUGAGGUGGGAGCCAACGCCGACGACAUCUGCCGGGAUUUCCUGCGGAACGUCUGCAAGCGCGGGAAGCGGUGCCGGUUCCGCCACCCCGACAUCAGCGAGGUCACCAACCUGGGCGUCCGCAAGAACGAGUUCAUCUUCUGCCACGACUUCCAGAACAAGGAGUGCGUCCGCCUCAACUGCCGCUUCAUCCACGGCACCAAGGAGGACGAGGACUGCUACAAGAAAACCGGGGAGCUGCCCCCGCGCCUGCGCCAGAAAGUGGCGGCCGGGCUGGGCCUGUCCCCCGCCGACCUCCCCAACAGCAAGGAGGAGGUGCCCAUCUGCAGGGACUUCCUGAAGGGCGACUGCCAGCGCGGGGCCAAGUGCAAGUUCCAGCACCUGCAGCGGGACUUCGAGUACGAGGCGCGGGGCAUGGCCCCCCGGGAGCAGGGCAUCGUGCCCCCCGCCCGCCGCUACGACCCCUACGACGCCAUCUACGACCCCGACCGCUACGACGACCACGAGCCGGUGCUGAAGCGGCGGCGGGCGGACGGGCUGCACUUGGAGGGCUACGAGUACAGCUUCGCCAGCCCCCGGACCGUGGAGUACCGGCUGCUGGAGGAGGAGAACGUCCUGCUGAGGAAGCGCGUGGAGGAGCUGAAGAAGCAGGUGAACAACCUGCUGGCCACCAACGAGGUCCUGCUGGAGCAGAACGCGCAGUUCCGCAACCAGGCCAAGGUGAUGACGCUGAGCUCCACCCCCACGGCCACCGAGCAGACUCUGGCCCCCACCGUGGGCACCGUCACCAACUACAACCACAGCAUCGCCCAGACCCACACCACGCUCAGCAGCCAGGCCCUCCAGCCCCGGCCCGUCUCCCAGCAGGACCUGGUGGCUCCCGCCGGCGCCCAGGCCGCCCCCCCCGCCAACGCCGCCCCCCCCAUGAACCCCGAAAUCACCCCCCUCUCCGCCGCCCUGGCUCAGACCAUCGCCCAGGGCAUGGCCCCCCCCGUCUCCAUGGCGCCGGUGGCCGUCUCGGUGGCCCCGGUGGCCGUGUCCAUGGCGCAGCCCUUGGGGGGCAUCACCAUGAGCCACGCCACCACCCCCAUGGUCACCUACCCCAUCGCCUCCCAGAGCAUGAGGAUAACGGCCAUGCCACACUGACCCCCCCGGCGGUGGUGAGGAGGGGGGGGCCGGGGCAUCCGGCCGGACUGUGACCCCCCGAGACUGAGCCUGGGGGCAGCAGGAGGAUGAGGAGGAGGAGGAGGAGGAGGAGGAUGAGGAGGACAGGCAGACCCCCCCCAGCCUGCGGUGGGGGCUUUCGGGGGGCACAGUGACCCCCCCAGACUCGGUGCCUGGCUCUGGCCCCCGCUGCGCAGGGGGUGGUGGAUGAGACGUUGAUGUGGGGGGGGUGUGGGGGUCGGACGUGGCCCCCCCGCAGCCGGGGCUGUGUCCUGGUGGGGGGCAGUGGCUCCCCCAGCCCUGUAACCUUUUCAGCUAUUAAAAAAAAAAAAAAUCC